GAUUGGGUAAUCUGCUAUAAGACAGACAUUUGGCCUGAUGAGACAAUCAUGCAAUUUAAGGUAUGAUAAAUAGAUGCACAUUUAAAUGUUUUCUUUCUGGGUGUAUUAAUGUGGUUAAACUUGUCUAUCUCAGGUGAAAAGAACAUGGCUUCUGAACACUUGCCAAUGGGGAUUUUGUUCUUUUCUCAAAUAGCUGUGGGGAUCCUUGGCAAUUGGUCAAUUCUUCUUCAUUAUGUCAUGUCUGUAAUCACUGGAAAAUGUUUGAUGCCCAAAGAUCAGAUUUUAAAGCAUCUGACUUUAGCUAAUUCCUUGGUUAUUAUCUCAAGAGUAACACCUCACAUAAUAGUACAGCUGGGGUUGCAGUAUCUCCUGGAUGACAUCUUAUGUAAGUUUACUCUCUACAGCAAUAGAGUGUCCCGGGGUGUUUCCCUGCACUGCACCUGCCUUUUGAGUUGCUUCCAAGCAAUCACAAUCAGCCUCAGCCACUCCAGGCUGAUGACACUUACACACUCUGUCUCCAAAUACAUGAUUCAGUUCUGCUCUCUAACUUGGCUUCUACAUCUGCUUCUAAGCAUCAAGACAGCUGUACAUGUAAUUGGACCAAAUAUUAACAAAAAUUUCACCAGAAAAAUCAAGUUGGGGUACUGUUCAGCAUUUGCUUUUGGUAAUAGUGUUACUGGACUACAUUUGUUCUUUGUUUGUUUCACUGACUGUCUGUAUUUGAGCCUCAUGGUAUGGGCCAGUGUCUUCAUGGUGAACAUUCUCUAUAGGCACAAGAGUCAGCUACAGUACAUUCACAGUGCCCAGCAUUCCCUCAGAGUCUCUCCUGAAGACAGAGCCACAAAAACUAUCUUGAUUCUUGUGUUCACCUUUGUCCUCUCCUACUCAAUGUCCUUCAUACUUGUUAUCUAUACUGUGGUUUUUGACAAUCCAAGGCUGUGGAUAAUAAACAUAUUUGCAUUCUUAGACACAUGCUUCCCCACAUUUUGCCCCUUCAUCCUUAUCAGUAAUAACAAAUCUACUUCCAAGGAUCCUUUUCCCUACUGUAGCAGAAGGAAAUUUACAAUGGUCACUUGUGUGUUAUGAUAGAUUCAAAUAGUCUUCCAUCAAUUAUUGGAUAUUAGACUAACUCACAACCAGUUAUUAUUAAGCAAAUCAAUGGCUCUGUAAAUUAAGUAUUGUCGACUGUUAUAUCUGUCAUAAUUCUGGCUAAACAAUUCUAUGAUACUAAGAUACCUCUUUGUUUUCAUUCAAAAUACUCUGAAAUUAGGGGCAUCAAAGAAUUUCUUAUGCCUUCAGGUAGCCAAGCAGGUCUUGAGGUAUGAACUUCUGUGUAGGCACAUGUCAGAGUCUUGUCGUACUGCUUCAACUGAAUGGAAGAAAAGCAGAGCAAGUGAAACAUGGACCUCUGGCAACUACUGUUUUUGUGUACGUAUCAACUUCACUUAUGUUUUGCAUAUGAUCUUAUUUUCUGGGCAGAUGGUUCCACCUCCAGAUUCCCCUAUUGGAAGAAGAAUCAAGUAAUGCCUAUUUACAUUGAUUACUGUUUUUCUUAGAGUUACACUUGAAGCCACAGAUACUCCCUAGCCAUCCUUAUCCUACUGUGCACCAUUGUCAACUGAUACUCAGUUGCUUGUGCCCUGUUCCUCUGUAUGACAGUCUGAGACAAUGCACAACUAUGGAAAGUAAACUCUAUAUCCCUACAGACAUUCCUCCAUAUUUUAUCCCAUUGCACUCAUGAGUGUUACCUAAUUUGUCUUCACACUUUUGUUUUCCUCCCAUAGAAGAGUUACUUUUUAAAAUUUCUCAAUGUGUCACACAUUCUGUUGAACCUGUUCAUGGAUAUAUCUAUUUGUUCCUUCAUUCGUCGUGUAUGUAUUUGGACACAUGAUUGUUAAUGCUGAUAAUGCCAAGAUCUAAAAUCAGCUAGAAAACAAACAUGUGGAGAUGUCUUUGAGGGAGCAUCUAAGUUGGAUUAAUGGAUGUAGGAGGACACAAUCUAAUUCUGCAUAGCAGUUAAUCCAUUGUUUAAGUGUCUUAGGCUGAAUAAAAUGAGGAAAACUGAGAACCAGCAUGCAUCUGUCUCUGCUCUCUGACUACAGAUGCAAGGCGAUCUGCUGCCUCAGCCUCCUGAUUCCAUGACUUUCAUUCCAUAUGAACUGUAUCCUCAAAAUUCAAGUUAAAAUAAACCACUCCAAAAUUAGGUUGCCUUUGUCAUUUUUCAUCAGAAAAAUGUGAAAAUUAACAAGGAUAAAUAAUUCAAUAACUUCUUAAAUUACACUGAUUAAAAUCAUACAGGUCAUCCCAAUGGCCAAAGCAUAUUCAAUGAGAGAUAAAUUCUGAGGAUUUCUUUUGUCUCUUCACAUUUCUUUGACAUAGAUGUUACAGUGCCUUCUAGCAGAUGCUGACACAUAAUGCAGUUUGUGGGUGGUUGUCAACUCAGGCUGAUCCCCCAGGUCUUAGGACAUUAUGCAGCAUGAGGUCAAGAGUUUUAUAACUUAGGUGAGUAAGACAUACUUAGAAUUUCCGUAUUGCAUAUUCAUGAGAAAAAAUCCAUAACACAGAGAAGACAAAACUAUUUCUUCUUCUCUAAACUGAAAGAAAUACAAAUUUAAACAAUGUCUAAAUACAUUGAAAUCAAUGAUAAUAAAUAAU